CUUUCACUGCCAACACCGCAGCCGCAGGAGACAACAGACACCGUUCUGGAUCACGAAGAAGUGGUAGGGUUCGAUGGAGAAGGAGUUGGUUGAAUUGUACGAAGCCGCGAAGAAGGCGGCGGAUUCGUCCACCAACACCGACGGCGAACACGAAGAAAGCCGAUGUAUUGAUGCGCUCGAGCAGCUCAAGAAAUUCCCCGUCAAUUAUAAGAUUCUCGUCAACACCCAGGUGGGCAAACAUCUUAAAGUUCUCACUAAGCACCCAAGGCAGAAAAUUCGGGCCUUUUCCACUGACCUCAUUGAGAUAUGGAAAGGCAUAAUUAUCAAGGAAACAAGCAAAAAUAAGAAUGGGGGCUCUGAUAAUAAGGGUGAGACAGAAAAUGGGGAGAGAGCUAAACCUGGGAAAAUUCAAAAGAGUCCAUCUUUGAAGGUUGAGAAAGGUGAAACUGUUAAGGUUGAGAAAAUUGAUAAGAAUGGUACACCAAGGUCAAGCUCAGAAAAUAUAAAGAAGGUGCAAAAUGGGGAUGUCAAAAUUGAGAAAACUGAUCAUGUCGCAAGCGUCAAGGUGGAAAAGAUAGCCAAAGAGGAAAAGCCAUUUUCUGGAGCAAAGAAAAUGUCUUCCACCUCUGCCAAUCCUCCGAAGCUAAAGAGUAUGAUUAAAUCUAAUGACGCAACACGAGACAAAAUAAGGGAAAUUCUCCAGGAAGCUUUAUCCAGGGUUUCUGGAGAGGCUGAUGAAGAUAUCAUGGAUGAAGUUAAUGCGUGCGACCCUAUUCGUGUUGCUGUGAAAGUGGAGUCUGUACUAUUUGAAAAGUGGGGUCCUUCGAAUGGGGCUCAAAAGGUUAAGUACAGGUCCUUAAUGUUUAACCUUAAGGAUCAAAACAACCCUGAUUUCCGGAGAAAAGUUUUACUUGGGGUUGUUGAGCCAGAGCGGCUGAUCAACAUGAGCACAGCAGAAAUGGCUAGUGAGCAAAGGAAGCAGGAGGUCGAGAAAAUCAAAGAGAAAGCUUUAUUUGACUGUGAGCGUGGAGCUCAACCAAAAGCCACAACUGAUCAAUUUAAGUGUGGUCGAUGUGGGCAAAGGAAGUGCACCUAUUAUCAAAUGCAGACUCGCAGUGCUGAUGAACCUAUGACAACCUAUGUCACUUGUGUUGUUUGCAAUAACCGUUGGAAGUUCUGUUAGUAUGAUGAUGACUGGUGAGUAUCUCAAGAGCUGUUGACAUUCUUUUACUUAUUUAGGGUUUGAUGCAGUGGCUGUCAUUAUGGUUCCACACUGCAGUCGUGUGAGGAUUCUCUUCUCAGAACUGUUACAUGUAGAAAUUUUUUAGGGAAGAAUGUACUUUUUAUUCAAGUUCUAGCUUAAGUUUUCGCAUUAAGUAGUUUUUUAUAACUUUGUAAUUUCGUCUAUUAUAAAAUUGCACAAUUGUUUUUCUCAAGUUUUCUUUGUCGAUUAUUGCAGUAUUUACCUAAUGUCAUCUAACCUAGUUGAUCGCAUAACAAAACGGUCAGCCAGAGCUAGGUUUUCUUGGUCACAAAACACAGU